UUACAGGAAUUAAUGUUGCAGCUGCAAGGUAGGAAUACAGUGCACAGUGAAAUGUCAUCCUCCACCAGGAGAGUAGCUGUGAAAUACAGGGCCACCAGGACUUUCAGUUACUGCUCAGAAACUAUGUAGAGGUGUGGUUUGAAAGUGGUGUGAAUCACCUCCAUUUUUUGUCUUCUGUGUGGAAGAAACGUUCUUGAGACUUUUUCUUCUAGCUCAAACCCCUCUUUUUGGACAAAUUGCCUUUUUUUUUUAAAUACUCAAGGCUUCUCUGGAAGUUCCCUUGGAUAAUAUAGAAAUGAACUUUUGGUUUUUGCUUCCAGCAGUACUUUCCUUAAUAUCCUUCUUCGGAACAUGGACAGUGUAUGGCCUAGCUCUGGCAAAUCGCCAUGUGUGCCCACUUGACAACUGGCAAUACACAAAUUCCUGUUCUCUGAACAGUACAGAAAGAUGCUGCACGAUACGACAUAUUCCAUUCAUAAGUGUUUCUUUUUACAGCACCUGUGGAAUGAAUGCUCCUGAAAAUGCCUUGUUCAGUGCAACUUUAAACUCUGGGGCAAUUUUAUUACUUGUGUUCUGCAUCUUUCAACACGCUCACAUAAUCAAGAAGAACAAUGACAACGUCACGCUCAGCAGAAUUGGACUGGCAGUCGGAUGUCUGUCUUCGUUUGGAGCCUUUAUUACUGGAAACUGCAAUCCUGGGACUCUCAUGGUACUUCAUUACGUGGGUGCUGCAUUGUGCUUUGUGAGCACCUGUCUUUAUACUCUAAUCAUGAGUAUUUUGACAUACCGCUGCUUUGUAACAGGACUGGAGUAUAUUCUUGCUCCAAUAAGGACUAUAUCGACCGCCAUUCAAAUUACAGCCACCAUCUUCUAUAUAGUUUUUUUCCCACAGGAAACCUAUGACUACCAGCAUAUUUCUGCCAUUUUUGAAUGGAUUUUGGCCACAAAUAUUCAACUAUUUGAACUAAGCUUUGUGGUUGAAUUUUAUUAUUUUUCUGCUUCCAUGUUGUCUGUGUUAAUAUCCAAAGAUGAGGAGGAAACAUCAUUAAUAAUGUCGUGAUGUGGCAGGAGAUUAGCUAGUUAAUAAAUUAAUUAUUAUAUAGUGUAAUCAAAUCUUAAGUCUAUUGUUGAUAUUGUAUAUACUUUCAUGUUGGUAAAUGCUAUGUUUUUGUUGUCUUGUUUUCACUGUUUAGUAUUUUAGUAUAAUAUUUUUCUGAUACCACAAGUUAUUUAGCUUUGCUUUGGGCAUUUGCAUGUUGUUUUUUAAAUUUGUUCAACAUUAAAAAAUAUAUAAUAUAAAGCAAAUAAAAGCAUCCAAGAACCACCUCAAAAUAUGUAGAUUAGUACUGCCAGGACUCUCUAUGGGUAGCCAUGGAACAACAAACAUAACACAGAGGUAAAUUAGUAGCUCGGAAAACUGUCCGGAGCAUCUAAUUCAUUCAAUAAAACAUUACCUUUAUAUUCCAUAAAUGCACUGCAUGAAAAUAUAAACCACAUUCACACAGACAACAAGAUUAGUAACAACAACAAAUGCAAGCCAAGGAAUUACAAAUCAUGCUGCCAAAAUGAAAAUAUAAAAGGUCUUCUACCUUGUAACUGGUCAUUUUAUAAAAACGCUCCGACCUGAUUCAGUGGAAACAAUUUCAGCAUCAUAUAUAAUAUUAACCUGAAGAAAUUGAAAAAUACCAAAUUUAGGAAGACUAGACUGUGCUUUUUAUAUGCUCUCUGCAAGUCAGCUACAUGGUUAGUGGCCUGUGUUUUCAGGGUGUCACAGUUGGGGCUGGCUGUUAAAGACCCUAAACCUAAAAUGUCACACCUAAUUUCCCCUUUUGAAGGAUUUCUGCUUGAUAGGUCUGGACCUAACUACCAGUGGAAACGUUAAUUGUUAACAAGAAAGGAUGCACACACUUGAGCAGGGCACCACUGCACUGUGAAUUUUAGGGUGUGCUUCACUGUGCCGUAAAGAUUCUGUGAACCUAUUCUAGGCAGUUAACUAUUACAAUGGUCAAGAGCCAGACUGUUCCUGUCUUGUGAACCCAGACCAGGGCAGAUAUCUGUUCAGUCAUAGUACUCUGUUUUAGUGCUUUGCUUUUCAUUCUUAGGUCUGAUUAGGAUUAUAUAUGAUUCUUGUUGCUUGGUAAUCACUAAGUUGUGUACUGAAAGAGUAAAGCCCAGAGUUCUAUUCAGACUGUUCUUUUGUGUACUGGCUGUGUGCAGUACAGGCCAUGAAAAACAUAUCCGUGACAUCAGCAGAAAUCAUGAAGAACAGAAACAGUCAAGCUUGCAUUCAGGAAACAUGCUGCAUUUUCUUUUACCAUCUUCAUAAUAAAUAUUUAUGAAUGUGUGUAAGUGACCAAAGUGUUAUUUAAUGUAUUUUACAAUAUCAUGAAAUAUGAUCUUUCUAAAAAAAAAAAAAAAAAAAAAAUGCUGUUUUGUGUGGGUCUCCAAAUGAAUGAAGACCCCAAAAUGAGAUCAAAUAAAAUAAUGUAUUAAUUCUCUGCAGUGACACCGUAAACUGAUAGCUGCUGAUUUACUUCAUACUGAAUAGGGAGGGGAAAAUAUCUGAAAUAAAAAUACAUUUAUAUUUUCUAGUUAUACACGUUAAACACUUACUUCAAUGUCAUAAUAAACUAACAACCUAUCAUAUCUAUUGUGCUUCCUGUUUCCUGUCAGCCGCUGGUAUCCAUGUACAGUAGGCAUAGCAAUUUAAACAAGAUCUGGCCUUGCAGGGUGUGAGUCAUUUCUAUUGCAUAACUGGGAGGAUCCCAACCUGUGGUCUGAGAAAAUUCCCUAAAUUAGGCUGCAAAUAUCCACUCACACCCACAGGCAAUCAAUCCACUAAAACAAACUCUCUGGCUUAACCAACCUAGUUUCUAUUAAUGUAUCUAAUCCAAAUAUUAUGAAAUAUUUCUCAUGCUAUAAUUAACCAAUCACUGCUAAAAUUUAGCCACAUUAAAUUAAAAAAGGGAGUCAAAUGUAAGUGGUCUUUGCUGUUUUCAGAAACCUGUACUGUAUAUUUCUUUUCAUUCUGUGUCACUCCAUAUAUUGUUGUUUGUCAAUGCACUACAGUAUAUAAAAUGAUUGAAUAACCU